ACAUCAGACCUUGUUUUAGAAGCCCGAGGAGAAGGAAGAAGACAGCCUACUUCAGGCAACAUUGCCCUCUCAGCUUUGUCGGCGAGGGUCGUUGUAAUUCAACCCAUAUUUAUCGCCAAAUUGGGAAGAGGACAUCUUAAAUAUUCCACUCCUCGUCCACAAUGGCAGAGCAAAACAGCAACGUCAGAUACCAAGAGCUGGUGAACGAGGAGGAGCCACUUCCACCAUCUCAAGAGGGUCCUGCCCAGGAUGCGCCACCUCCCUACAGCAGCCUUGCUGCAGCAAAUGCAGCUUUCUUGGAAUCCAAGGAAGAUGGCAGCAGAUUCCCCAAUCCACCGUCCUACAACGUGGCCACCACUCUACCCUCCUAUGAUGAGGCAGAGAGAAGCAAAGUGGAGGCAGCCGUCCCCCUUGUCAACGGAAGAGUCACCGAGGACGACUUUGUGGCUCGAGAUGACUUUGAGGACACGGACCAGCUGCGAAUAGGAAAUGACGGCAUAUUCAUGCUCACCUUCUUUAUGGCAUUCCUCUUCAACUGGAUCGGUUUCUUCUUGUCCUUCUGUUUGACCACAUCGGCUGCUGGACGAUACGGAGCCAUCUCGGGCUUUGGCCUGUCCCUGAUCAAAUGGGUUCUUAUCGUCAGGUUUUCUACCUACUUCCCUGGUUACUUUGAUGGCCAGUAUUGGUUGUGGUGGGUGUUCUUGGCCUUGGGCUUCAUGCUGUUCAUCAGAGGCUUUAUUAACUACUCCAGAGUGCGCAAACUUGCAGAUCCCACCUAUGCCACUCUACCCCGAACAAGAGUUCUCUUCAUCUAUUAGACUGAGCUUGUUGGAUGUGGAAGACACGACGGACACAAAUCAAACAAGUCGUCUCUUAAUUCAAGGAUUGAAGCGAUCGGGGAAGGAAUUGAGUGGGUGACGUUUGUUUAAGAGCAUAUUCAUGGCAGCAGCAGGUUAAAGAGUAAUAGCCCCUCAGUGUACUCAUUAGUGGCGCAUGUUCAAGUGCUAUUUCCAUCUUGUCUGUAAAGUGAUGCCUUAUAUUGUUUUUGGUAGACUACAAGCAUGACUCAAGGAGAGUCUCACGACACGACACGACACUUCAGGUCCUCAUGAAUAGAAUAAACACAAGCAUGCGGCUCACAUUAUGACGUCACCACGUGGUUUUAUUGUAACUACUCCACGUGUACCACACGUUUACAACACGGAAAUCACCACAUAACGCUUGGAGCAUUUUUUAGUAUGACCAGGAGGGGGCAGUGUUGUCUCAUGUCUGAGGUGAUUCAUUCGAAACCAUACACUACGUGGACUAAAGUAUUGGGACACACGGCCUUUACGUCUGCGGCAGGGGUGUCCAAACUUUUUCCACAGAGGGCCGCAUAUGGAAAGAUUGAAAGUUGCCAUUUUGAUUUUCUUCACCUUUUUUUUUUUUUUUAAUUAAUUGAGCGAAAUGCAAUCCAAUGUACAGUGUUCCAUAGAAUAAAAAAAAAUCUAAAACGUUAUUUCUUUUCCAAAAACAAAGUGAAACAAGCAAAUGCAUUCGUCCCUCGCUACAUCACGGUUUGAACAUCGUGCCCUCACUAUUUGUUUUUAUUUUUUAUUAAUAAAUGAUCACUGUUUCAUGGUUGAAUAUGGCCUAAAUGUUUUUUUAAUGACAACAUAGUAACACGGGCUACUGUCUGGGCCAUAACCCUCGACAAGCUCAAACUCAACUCUGAACCGCCGAUGUCACUACGGGGGUAAAACCCUUCAAUGCCGCUAUUAUGAUACAUUGAUGAAACAAUAGCAACCACAGGAAGUAAACAAGGAACUGCUUUACGUCUGUUAUCUUAUUUAUAUCUUAUAAUAUGUCUUGUCUUGUCCCUGAUUUUACUACUAUAUUGGGUAAUACAAGUGUAAAGGUGAUUAUAGUGGUGUUAUUUCAUGUCUAGAGGGUUCUAAUAAUGUAAAAAAAAAAAAAAACAUAUUUAGAAGACAGAAAAACAGGUAUUCUAUGCCAUAACGACAAAAAUAUUCCGUACUGAUUCCUACUUUUUUGGUCUGGAACCAGUGAACCAUGAUCAACGAGGGACGACCAUAGUCCCUUUUCACACAUAAUAAGCCAAAACCCCCCCCCCCACCUCAAUAGCGCCUUGCUAAACCAACUUUUCUGUUCAUGAAUGCAGGUAAAUAAUUAUAAUUUGACAUUUUCAUCAAGAAAUAACAAUGUUUUAACAAAUUUCACUUUAACCAUAAUAAUUUAGCAUGAUAAAUAUCAUACUGGUGCAUAGAAACAUAAAAAGAUGUUGGUAAAUGUACCUGUACAUUUGGGGGCGCUACGCUCACUUUUCAUAACCUUUUUUUCAGUGUGGCCCUAAAUCUUCUUAGUAAUGUUCUGAUGGGUUUUUGUUUUUUUUAACUCUGUAAUGGUGGGGCAAUGGCCCUGGGCCAUACUUUGGACACCCCUGCUUUACAGGAAGUGGAAAAUCUCAGUUCUAGUUGUGAAUAAUUAAGGUUAAUGAAGAGAUAUUCUUCAUGCUUUUAGUCCAUGUAGCGUACAAGCUUGUAAUGCAUGUCUUUCAUAGAUUGCAAGUGCAGUGACCAAAUUCACGCAUUCACGUUGUCAGACGUUGUGAUUUUUGCUUGUUUUUAUUCAGUCAGAAGCAUUUUACCUCCCUCGCAUGGUGUUGCAACACAGCAAAGCGUGUUGAUUUUAGAUAACGGGAAGUUUAGUUUGCAAAAAAAAAAAAAAAAAAAAAGCAGCCUAAGUGACUGACUGGUGUGGGAAAGAAUUCCUUCUUGUGACUGAAACAAAACUAUUAUCAAAGAAUGUUGGCUGCAGACACUUUUAGAAACAUGACUAACAACAUCCAAAUGAGCCAUCGUUAUUUGACCUCCAUGCCAAAAAAAACAACAAACAAGUCAUUUGCGAUGUUGGGCCGUGUCAGAGGAAUCCGCCAUUGAAGCACAAUCGUGUUCAUGUGAUGAGUCCCAACAGUUUUUAGGUUAAUUGUUGAAAUUUCACUGCACACCUGUGUCAUGGCUUUGUGAUGUAGAGCUGCAUCCUUCAGUUUGCUUGUUAUGGCCCUGUACAGAAAAUACUUCAAUAAAUGUCACUUCUAAUGA